UUGGACUUGCUGUUUUGGGCCCGAGGUCAGGCCCGCAGGCCUAGUUACAUGUCGAAGCCUGACCGGGGUGCRGGCCGGACCGUCAGACUACCCGGCCCAUGAACAGGUCGAAGCAGUACCAUAGUUUACUUUGUAGGCUUUCCAUGGGAGGCCCACUUUGCAAAACGAGAAGCUCGGUCCGUGAAAGCCCUCCCAAACAAGCGAUUAGUGGUUUAUUGAUAGCGGUUCAGUGAAAGUUAGCUCAAUAAAAGCUGGGGCCCUCUCAAACGGGCCCGUACCUCUGUGAUCGGAGCAGCUUUCCAGCUCCAUGUGCGUUCCGGUUUUAAAACAUUGCUUUCUUUGCUAGUUACUUUGACUUACCUCCCUGAGAGAACUCGACAGCUCUCAGAAGUUGUGUUCUCCUGUUUUACAACAAUGGCGGAAAUCUCAGAAGCUCGGGAGACAGCAACAAAUACCUCCCAUGGAGAAACUGUUACCGACUUCGACCCCAAGACAAUGCGAAAGACGAAGCCAGGGCUCAAGCGACUGAUUCUGAUACUAUCAGUUCUCUUCUCUUUCUUCUUAGGUGCUCCGUUUUUGCUGAAAUCAAUAGAGAUAUACCGUUCACCACUGCCAUUUCGCGAAAUUGAUAUGUUACUGAACCAUCUUGAAUCGAAACCUUUGUCCCUUCCUUGCCGUUUUCAGGUUGUUUUUCUGGGUUUUUAUGGCCAUAAUUCCGAUGAGUCUCGUGCGGAUGAACUAGGGUUGUUGAUUCGAGAGCGAAUGAGAAAGUUGACCGGUAAUGAUCCGGUCUGUGGUGGUUGUGGCAAUAAUUAUCCUGUUUCGGUGAUGGUUGAUUCCAGCUUGGACUGCAUUCCAAAUAGAAAUGAUGCUGGGUGUUUGUGGCGUUGUGGAAACGGGGAUGUUUCUGGGUUCCUUGAGAGCUUGAGGGAUGAUGAGGCUUUUGAUGAACUAUUAGAAUCUCUUUUGCAGCGAGAUGGGGGUUGUUCGGAUUCCAGUGGGAAAGUUUACACUGUUGUGGUGGUAAAUAGAGACAAAGAGACCAGGGUUGUGGUGGGAAAGCAUCGACACGCUUGGAUUGUUGGUAAAGUUUCAGAGAUGGAUGCGGUUUCAAUCACUGCCGAUAUUUUUGUGAAGUUCUUUAUGAAUGGUGGGAAGAAAGAAGGGUUGGUUCGGGCAGAGUUCAUGCCAGUUGGUGCAGAUGGAAGGGUCGUUCUUUCUUUCAGCCUUCUAAAUGCUGAUCCACAUGAUUGGAUUUAUGACUGGGAUUUUCAAGAGAUAGAUGAAACUAUGUUGGCCCCUGUUAUAGAGGCUUUGGCUCCAGUUGCAGAUACAAGUGUGGAAAGUCAAGUGUUAUACCAUACUCCAAAGUCAUCAUUUUCUUAUUGGGAUGAGAAGUUGGCCAGCUACAUCUUUAGUACCAAAGAUCUACCUUUCUUUGUGAAUUCAAAUGAAUGGCACUUGGAUACCUCUAUUGCAGCUGGUGGGCGGUCAAAAAUCUUGCAAUUUGUGAUAUACAUACCAUCUGCAAAGGAGUGCCCUCUUCUGCUACAACUUCCAAAUGGAGAAAUUUCGACAACAAAUGGAUUUAUAUCUCCAAUGUGGGGAGGUGUUGUUGUCUGGAACUCUCCAAAUUGUCUGAAGGAUCAAGAAAGUGGGAAUCAUACCAUACGCACAAUAUCCACACAGGAUCUUGAGAAGGUCUUUGAAGUUUUCAUUGGACAACUUCGGCAACUUUUCGGUCUUAACUCAGACAACCUUAAAGUUGCUGGGUCAGGCAUCUCCAACUUUUUAGCUAGUCAAAGUGGCUUUACAGAAUGGGAAUUGGAUGUGUUGUCACGGCAUCACACAUGUUUUAAUCUUCUUUCAUGUGCAACAACCCUUGGUUCUCUUUCUAGAUUGGUCCAAUCACUUCCAAGAAUGAUUAUCAUGGAUGAAAUAGGAAAACAGGUAAAGUUCUCUCUCAAAGCUGCAAGUUUGGCUCAAGAGAAUGCCUCUCUCGGGAUCUAUGAUGCUUCAGCUGUUUCAUCAAGGCAAUCAAGGGUUCUAGCAGAGGAUGCAUUCUUUCAUCCAUCCAUUAUGUCUGUUAGCUAUUACUCCUUUGAGCAUUGCUUUGCCAUAUACACGCCCUUCUUUUUGCCAGUUACAUUACACAUCAUCCUUGCAGCCCUCAAAGAGUGGAGACGGUACAAGAAAGAGCAGGCAAAGUACUUGGCAUGGAAAGCUAAAGCAGAACCGCAAUCCUAAUCAUCUUACUGGCAUUCAAAUUGUCAUUCUCAUGCAUCAGAUCUCUAUUUAAACGACACUAGCAGUCAAAGGGCUAAUGAGAGAUGAAACAUCCCGUUCACCAUGAUCAUAUAGCUAUUGUCAGCGGAAGGGUAUUAGCAGUAUUUCUCCUGCUAGCCCUUUAUUGUUUCUAUUCUGUGCACAUUCAAGGGUACAAAUUGAUUACAAUUGCCUGUUAGCUGAGGUGAAUGUAAAAUUUUCUGCAAAAGGUAAUGUCAUAUUUCUCUGUUUCUUUACAGUGAAGAAAAUACUAACUGUUAACUUUUAUUCCAAAGUAAUACAAAAGUAGAAUAUCAAAUACCCUCGAA